AUGAGAUACUUCGCUAAUAUGUUCCCGGAGCUCUUUGGGGAUGCCGAGGAUGGAAUGGAACGCUUCCAGGCGUAUCAAGCGCGCAGAAAUGCCAACCCGGACAAUGAACGUAUGUCAAAGCUGAGAUGUGGACCAGGAGAGGAUGGCGUCCAGAGACUACGAGGCCACGACAGAUUCGGAGGUUACUUCGUCGUUGGCUGUAACGUUGACGAGCAGAAUCCGAAUGAUUCGCAGCCUUGGUUUCGACCUGGUAGAAACGGAUGGGACAGACCCCACAAAAAUGGCUCACAGACCGACUGGGUUAACCCCGAGUGUCCUUGCUUCACCAGUGUUAAUCCUCCUCCUCGUUGGUGGGUCACUGAGAACAUUAUUGAGGUUUCUGAAGCUCAGCGUAUAUGCCCUGGCUGA